AAAAUGGGCGUAGCUGUAGCAACUUUUUAUUUUUUUUGAUUUCCUAGAAAGUUUGUUUACCAAAAUCAACAAUGGUUUUAAAGGCUGCAGUACGAGAAAGUAAGCUAAUUCUAAAUGAAUGUGAAAUAUUGUUUUAAAAUAGUUCAUAUUGGUUUAAAAAGGCGAUUACUUUUUUUAUGAUUUUAAUUUCAUCUUUUGGGUAUUAUUAUUAUUGUAAUUGUAAAAGUAGUCCUAGGCCUAGUCCUAGUCCUAGUCUAGUUUAGUUGAAUUGAUUUAAUUGAAGGCCUACGCCUACUCACCUGAGUAGACUAUUAGUACUAGUACUUGUAGUAGAAGUAGUAGUAGUAGUAUUAAAUGUAAGUCAUAAUAAAUAAUAAGUUAUUCCUUCAAAUAAAUUAGACUUACUUAAACUUAAAAUAUUAUAAUCCUCAUAGAUUUCUUCCACUUCUUUACUAAAAAUAAAUUACAUACAUUGUAAUCAUUGUUAAAAUUUUGAAAACAAGAAGAACAAAUUAAAUUAAAGUUCAUAAAAUCGGGAACAACAUGAUUUUUAAUAACACACGCACAAGUGAAAAUUUACCAGGUUUAGUUCCUCCUCCCCCCUCCCCAAACAACCAAAAAACACUUGGUAGCCAUCCAUAAAUGACAUCAGAAGUUUAGGGAGGAGGGGGGGUGUCACAUUUUUGUGAUGAGGAGAAGGGGGCGGACACUUAAACUUAAGCAAUGUGACGUCACAUGAAAAGCGGAAUAUUAUAGUGAAAAAUUGCAGUUGAUGACCCUAAAUGACAGAAAUUUUUAAUAUGAUUCUUUAAUACAAAAAUUAUAAUUAUUUUAUUUUUAAACUACAAUCACUCAGAGUGAGAGUGAGAGAAUCAGUACAUGUAUGGGGGGGGGGGUGACACGUGACACCCCAAACAAUGCUCUUCUCCCCUUAACCCUCCUUUGUCAUCACCCUCCCUUUAAACCCUCCACUGCCCUACCAUAUGUCCCUCUACUCCCCCCUUCCCCUCACACCCUUACCUUCCUCUUCCCUCUACCACCUAUUCUUCUCUCUACCAGGUAUUUUUCCCUCCUAUAUUCUAUCUACCCCAUAUCCUUUACCACCUCAUCCCUAUCCUAUCUCACUGACCUUUCACUAAACCUAAAACUUUAACACAAAAAUACCUUGUGUUCCCCUUCCCCUCUAUCUCUAAUGUUUCUCACUCCCCUCCUCUGCCCUUUCUUCUUUCACCGGCCUUUUCUCCCUUCACCGACCCUUUCUCCUUUCACCUGUCCUUUCACUCACUUAUUCUCCUGUCAUUACCACCUACUCUUCCUUACUUAUGUACCAUUUAGUGCAAUAUCGAAAUUAACAUGUCACAUGCAUAUUAAAACUUUUCUCAUUUUACAUUUUCUAGUAUAUUUCUUGGCCCUAGGCUCUUUCAUUUUGUAAUGUAUUUUAAGAAAACUGAAAUAAAAUACAUCCUAUCUAUAGGCUAAGACUUUUUAGAAACUAUUUAAGACAUUGCUGAAUAGUGUACAUCUUAUCUAUAUGCCAAGACUGUGUAGAAACUAUUUAAGACAUUGCUGAAUAGCGAACAUCUUAUCUAUAGGCCAAGACUGUGUAGAAACUAUUUAAGACAUUGCUGAAUAGUAUAAUGUGCUGAAAAUUGUAUAAGUUUCAAUGUUUCCCCUAUGCUCUUUUUUCCUUAUUAAUUUCAUCUUUUCAGUUUGGUUUAGCCUAAUUUUUAGUCCAUAAAAAUCUUUUAUGCCAGAGGCAAUGUGUUCUCAUAGCCUGUUGAAACAUCCAAACAUGGGACUGAAAUUUUACUGACAUAUUUGUUAUUUCAAUUAAUGUAUUUUACUCAUCAUUUACUCAUUUUCAUUCUCUUGCCAAAAAUAUGAACAGAUAUUCUAAAAGAACUAAGGUUGAUAAAAAAAAAAAAAGAAUGGAAAGUCCUCAUUCUAGACAGUUUCUGCACACAAAUUCUCAACAAAAGCUGUGCUAUGUAUGACAUUGUAUCCGAAGGGAUAACACGUAUGUUUCCAUUGUUUGAAAUUGAUCAUGUUUACUUUUACCUCUAUAACAUAUCAUAAAGAACUUCUCUUUUAAAUAAUUAUAUUAGUUAACAAAGGUACAUGAAUUUUUAAAAAUCAAUAAUUGCAACUGUAAAAAAUGUAUUUAUUUAACUAAUAACUGUACUUGGUAUUAAUUUUCAGUUGUGGAGGAUUUGUAUAAGAAAAGGGAACCACUUCCUUUACUGGAGGCAGUUUACUUUAUUACUCCAAAUGAAAAGGUAAUAGAAAAAUAGAAUAAUCAAAUUUUAAAAUAAUGUUUUAUCUUGAUUUUGAAUUUUCAAUGGGAUAUAUUAAAUUGAUUUUCCAAUAAAAAAAAGAAUUUAAUUGUGUGUCAUAAAUUAUAAUAAUAAAAUAAACUUUCUGUUUAUUUUCAAUUUCACUCAACAGUCAAUAACAGCACUCACAAAUGACUUUCGGGAUCCUACAAAAUCUUUAUAUAAAGCUGCUCAUGUUUUUUUUAAUGAAGGUGAAGUAUGUUACUUAAAUUGCUUAAAUUACUUCUUAAUCCUAGUAUGAAAAUAAAUUUUCAUAUUUAAUUUUUUUUUAAUGACUUGAUAAGUACAUUCUAAAUUUAAUUCCUUUCAUCUCAGCAUGCCCUGAUGAGCUUUUCAACUUGCUGUGCAAAGCACGUGUUGCAAAGUUUUUGAAAACAUUGAAAGAAAUGUAUGUGUCAUUUUACCCCAUGGAAUCUCAGGUGAGCAGUUAACCACUUAAUCAUUUUGUCUAUGAACAUUAUUAGAAUACUUAGUUCAAAGAUGUAAAAAAUAAAACUCUUUGUAAUUACAAAUAAUAUGAACUUUGGUAUUGAAGGACCUUCUCAUUUCUAUUGAUAAGUGGUGCAGGAGAAAUAACUUUGUUUUUGUACAAGAUUUUUAAAAAAAUUUCUGCAUUACUCUUAAAAGGAAAAUGAGUUACUUAUAUCAAGUUUUCGUCAUUAAGUCUUUAAGAGGACAUCAAUGGCAGCUGCUUUUACAAUAGAAAUAUAAUAAUGCCUCUUCUUCCUAUCUUAAAUCGAUAUCACUAAAAUAAUAUUUGUACCCACAUAACUUAAAACACAAAUUUAAGACUAUAACUAUAAUGUUUUUUUUAACUUUUCAUUACAAGUAACGGGAAGACUUUAAAUGCAUUUAAAACUCAUUGCCGCACCACAUCCCUUCACAGCAUCAAUGUAUAAAAAGUAAUAAAUAGACCUAGAUGUUGAAAUACACAUUUUCAAUAAAUAAAAUUAUUUUAAAAAACAAUGUCAUUUCAGCCCGUUUAUCUUUUAAUUGAAUUAUUGCAGUUAAUAUAAAACACUUUGUAUUUCUAGGUGUAUUCUCUAGACUCACCAGAAGUCUUCAAGUUCUACUACAGCCCAAACAAGUCAUCACAGCAUGUUACUAAUCUAGACAGAUGUGCUGAUCAAAUUGCCACUUUGUGUGUUACUUUAGGGGAAUACCCAACUGUCAGAUACAGAUCGUAAGCUUAUUUAUUACUUUGAAAAAUUUAUAAAAAGUAAUGAUUUAAUUUGUUUAGAUCUAACCCUGUUAAAAAACAAUUUUAUGUAAUGAAUUUUUUCAUUGUUUAGUUAGCACUUAGGUAUUUUUUGUUUCAUUAAAUAACAUUUCCAAAAUGUUGCUCAUUAAUUUAUAAAAGGGGUUUUAUAGAUUAUUUUCUUUUGAUUACAGAGCCUUUAAACAGAAUGAAGAGUUUGCAAAGCUUAUAAAGGAAAAACUUGAUUUUUAUAAGAAGGAUGACAAUAAAAUGGGUGUGGUGAGUGUUUUAGAUACCGGGUACCGUAUUAAAAUAUAACCAAAGAUUAUCAAAGGAACAAGUUGAUUUUUAUAAAAGGAAUAACAAUAAAAUGGGCACGUGAGUGUUUUAGAUCUUAAAAUAUAACCAAAGGAUGCAUUUAACAGAAAUUUUUUUUUAGAUAUAUGAGUAAAAAAUAUCAUCCCUCCUCUAUUCCUCUCCCACUUCGAGAAUACCAAUAUCAAGGUAGUUGUAGGGGUGUGCUUGAUUUUCAAAUAUAUUUCAUAUGCAAUCCUCAUCCAUUUCAUUUAAAAGCCAUCAUAAUUAGAAGUACCUGUAGUCAGAAUAGAAAUUAAUUAGAAUUCUCAAAAUAAGAUAGAAAAUAGAUUCUACAGUAUUUAUAAAUAUUGUAUGCUACCAUUAAGUUUUUAUAUUAAAUCAUUCAUGAAAUGUCAUUUUUUAAAAACAAUUAGCAAAUUAAAAUCUUAAUUCUGUUCUGUAAAAUUACAUAUUCUACUCAUAAAAUUUAAUUGAUAUGUGCCUGAUGUUUACUACAAAGAAAAAUAUGAGUUUGAUUUUAAUGCCUCUUAAUAUUCUGCUAGGGCCACCAGAAAGAAAACUCUAUUCUACUGGUACUAGACAGAGGGUUUGAUCCAAUCUCACCUCUGCUUCAUGAAUUGACAUUUCAGGCAAUGGCUUAUGAUCUACUGCCUAUAGUAAAUGAUAUCUAUAAGUAAGAUUUGUUCCAUUUAAAAGGUUUUAUAAAAUAACUUUUAAAAAUUAGAGUGUUAUUUGGAAAAAUGUAAAACUGUAGAUCUAUGUUUCAAUUGGCUUUUGCAUUAUUUACCUUUAAAAACAUAUUUUCUUAUGACUUAAGCAUAAUACCAUACAAAAUGACAAAAAAUAAUUUCAAAAUAUUAUGUUCCUUUUUUAAAAACAUUUUUUAAAUUUCAUUCCAUAAAAUUUAUAUUUUAUUCUAUUUCUUGCAAUUAUUUAUUAAUGAAAAGUCAGUUUUUAGCACUAUUAUUAUUAUCAUUAAUUACCAUCAUCAUAUUUCUUAAUUUUGAACUUAAUGCUUAGGGUAAAUAAAAUUAAUACAUUUUACAGAUAUUCCAACUCAAGUGGUGAUGAAACAGAGGAGAAACAAUGUAGGCUUGAUGAAAAAGAUUCCCUUUGGGUAGAGUUACGGCACAAACACAUAGCCAUUGUUUUACAGUAAGUUUUUAAUAAUUGGAAAUUUUUCAAAUAUUCUUUAUUAUUUUUUUUUUUCAUUUAGAUAUUGAUAUAUGGCACAAUUUUUUCACUAACUUUAAUGUUUUUAUUCAAAUUAUUUGCAAUGUACUGUAUAAUUUAUAACAGUAAAACACUUAAGAAAUUUAAUUAAAUUGUAGUAAAUUAACAAACAAUAAUUUAAAUUCCUAAAUUAAUAUUAAAUCUUGUUAUGAGUAUAAUUAAGUAUUCUAAAGUUUAAUAAAACAUAUUUUCAUAUCUUCAUUGCUUUUUGGAUUAUCUGUGUAUUUAUUGUAGCCUUUUACAUCUCAAAAGAUGGUGUGCUCUAUUUAUAUCUUAUCCUGAAACUAUUCAAGUUAAAAGUGGGUCAUCAUCUCAAAAGAUGGUGUGGUCUGUCCCUUUCACAUUGAUUUGAUUUUGUUUUGUUUUUUAAAAUUUUCAGAGAAGUCAGUAAGAAACUGAAGCAGUUUGCUGAGACCAGGGCCAUGAAGACAUCUGAGAAGCCCAGCAUUCGAGACCUUAACCAAAUGAUAAAAGCAGCUCCAGAGUAUCAAAGAGAAUUAAGUAAAUUUGCCGCCCACUCUGCUCUUGCUGAGGAGUGCAUGCAUCUUUACUCCACUCAAGUGGAGAAGUUGUGCAAAGUGGAACAGGUAACUGACUAACGCACAUAUUUUGAUCGAGGCUUGAGCUUAUGCUCUUAAAGCCCUUGCUAGUACAUUGGCAACCAGAUCCAUCUGCUGGGCCAUGCCAUAUAAUAUUGUUGUAAUGUAGGAAUCUCCCGCUCACUGGCCUCCCCUGCAGCAUCUAGAGCUGGGCAUUCAAUUCAGUCAACUGAUGCGCUAGAUUUUUUGGAACCAGGCUGCAAUGCCAGCAGAUCGGGUCCCUGUUGUUGUCUAGCCUGUGAAAUAUGCAUUAGUAAGGUAGGGCUUGGUUCUCAGUUUGGGUCACCAGGCUCUAAUGUCAGCAACCCUAUUUCCACCUAAUAUCCAAUUUGCUAGUAUGUGGCAUAUUACUGAAGACACCUCUGACUUUCAUGCUAUCUGCCCAUUGCUUGUACCAUUAUGUUUCGAAAAUGGUCUGCCAGGCAGUUUUUAACGCCAUGGUAAGUGGCUGGAGCUUCUGGCUGAGGCUGGGCAGCUCCGGUUUUAGCCAGGGUGUCUGCUUUUUCAUUGCCUGUGAUGUUUACAUGACUCUGUAUCCAUGGCACUGUUACUUUGCAUCUGAUCCUUCCAAUCUUGUCCACGUCGUCUAAGAUAGUGCAAACUAAGGGGAUAGUAUGUGCUUCCUCAUUCAAGAUCUCAAGAGGCCCACAAGCUCCCACCUCUGCAGCAUUCAAUGCACACUUACCAGUGCCCUUUAAAUAGCUUCUAACUCUGAAUUGAAAUUCGAUGCUGCAGUCCCUCAGGGCCCUGAAAGCUUCUCAUUUGGUGGCCCUCUAACUGGGUAUAGGAUGGGCGCACCGUACCCUGCAUUUCUUUCUCUCAUGUUGGCUGAUUCAUUCAUUAAAAAUUUCACUGGUGUUUCGGCAAGCCCUUCUAUGGUCUCAAGGACAGCUGUUUUCUGAACAUGCACAGGGCUGAAUUUUGUUGCUGCUGUGUCAUUCAGCACCAUAGUAUAUUGGGAUGUGUAGGUUCCGCAUAAAGUGGAACGCCUGGGGUAUAGGUCAGAUGUUCUCUCUUUCUAGGGACUUUGACUGUCCUUUCAAGCUCUGCAACUCAUUUCCAGGAGUACUGGGUUCAAAUAAAUCCCACUUGCACUCAGCCAUAAAGAAAUCUCAUUAGCUCCAUUAGGGUAUUUUAGCAGCAGGUACUUUCAGGGAGGAGCAAAACGCUGAGGGAAAAAACAGCUUCAGUCCCUGUAAGAGGCACAUCAGCCUAUCCUAUAAAAUAGUAUGACAUUAUAUUUAUCUGGAAAAAAAUUUUUUUCAACAUUUUCAUUUCUCUUUGCAUUAGUAAAACUAUUCAACUAUGACUAUUUCAUACCGUUACUUAAACUUCCAAUUAAUCUUGAAAAAAAUCAAGGACCAGGCUAUGGAUGUUGAUGGUAAUGGGGAGAAAAUUAAGGAUCAUUUAAAAAACAUCCGAGGCAUUCUUCUUGAUGAGACCAUCACAACUUUUGAUAAAAUACGCAUCAUUUUGCUGCAUGUUAUAUGUCAGGCAGGUGAGUAAAUUCCCACCCUUUCACUUGAUUGUUGGAAUAGAAAAUGCAAUUUCAUACCGGUACAUUAAUAACUAUUAGUAUUAUGCCUUUUUUAAGACUUUAAGAAUUUUUUUUUAUCUGUGGAUCUUUUAGUUUUAGUAAAAGUAGAUGAAGUUCCUGAAAAUUUUGGAAUUCUCUAACUCAGGCCUGCACAACUCAAAAUUUAAGGCGGGCAGUAACACUUAAUGAGAAACUUGUGCGGGCCGUAAUACUUUAUGAAAAGCUUGUGCGGGCCGAAAAAUAUUAGGACAGGGGAAAGCUAUUACGAAAAUAAUAAUAAUAAAGAAUAUUUCGUUACUUCGCGGGCCACCAAGUGGGUGCUGGCGGGCCACAUGCGGCCCGCUGGCCGUAUGUUGUGCAGGCCUGCUUUAACUGAUAAAGGGAAGCAAAUGUUAAACUACUAAUAUAUAGUAGUACCGGUAGUAGUAUUGAUACUUUUAAUUUAAGUUAAAUUUGUGUCGAACAUAAUGCUAAUGACAUGCAAUUUGUCAGUGACUUAAAAUGAGUAUUAUUUAUAUAUUUCAAAUAUUAGAUUUGGAAGAAGCAUUUCAUUGCUUACAUAAUUUAUUUGUAUAUUUUGGAAUUAGUAUAUGUCUUAUUAUAGUAUUUUAUAGUUUAUAGUUGGUAAAGUUGACAAAAGGACAAAGGAUAAUAUUUGUCUGACCUUGUCUUAAUGCCUAUGUCUCAUUUUACUUGGAUCUAUUAUUAUUAUUAAAUUGGUCUUAUAUAGCGCGGUAUCCCAGCCUAGGGCUAGGCUCACAGCACUUCACAUAAAAUCAGCAAAAAAAUAUGACAUAGAACCCUCUCAGUUGUCCAAACACUAACCCAUUUUUAGGACACAAAUCCCAUAUUUAUAGAACCUUUGAAUUAGCACUUUAAAUGAGUUAAAUAAUUAUAAAAAUCUUACAUUGUGGUAAAUUAUUAGGCAUUAAUUCUCAGGAAUGUCUAAAGAAAACCUCAACAAGCUUGCUGAACGUGCGUUAAUCCCCAAAGAGGAGGAAUGCAUUAUCCUAAAUACUCAGAACCUUGAUGUUCCAAUUACUGAAAAGGUAAGUUUAAAUGUGCAGCUAUCUCCUUUAUUGAUUUUUUUUCAGAGCCAUCUUCAAUACACAAGAUAGCUGAAAGAAAAACUGACUGUUGACUGUACAUUUUGUAAUGAUUAUCUUUUUCUCUUUAAAUGAUACUAACAUUUUUUUUUCAUAGCUUUGAUGAUGCAGCUUGUACCGCCACCAUUUCUGACACUUUGCUUUCACAUAAUUUUAUGCAUGAAAAAGAAAUGUUACUUUCUUGUUAUGAAGCCUUUAUUUUUUAAUGAUUUUUAAAUGACCUGAUCUUAUGUUCAGCAAUAUUGUGUUUGCUGAACCUAUUUGUCAUCAUAUUUAAUUUUAAAAAAUAAUAAUUGAAUUUUUUUCAAAAUGUUUUCAUGUGUAUCGUUUUUUUAUAAAAAAUACUAUUAAAAAUUUAAACUUUCAGAGAACAGCUCCAUUCAGUGGUAAGAAUAUGCAUGCCAAAUGCAUGCAUGCUAUUUAAUUUUUUUUUGCUGCAUGUUUCUUCCUUUGUGUUCAAUAAUACUUUUAUAUUUUUCUGUUUAGUUUAGUAAAAACGUUGUUGUAAUAGUCAGCAUAUAAAUAGGCUAUAUUGUUUUCCUUCUUGUUGAAUCUAAUUUUUUACUGUUUGCUGAUAGGUAUGUUUUUUAAAAUUAUAAAUUCCAUAAACAACUAAUAUUUUAUUUUCGUUUAUCUUCAAAUGUGUUAAUAAUCCAUAAAGAAGUGAUUUUUAAAUUUAGAAACCCAAAACCUGCAAGAUUUUGUUUUAUAUUUUUAUGGAUUUUACUGUUUUAAUGUUGUUUUUAAUCAGUAUUUACUUGAUGAAUGAGCAGGUAAUUUCUAAAGAAGGAAUAUAUUAUAUUAAAGAGAAUUGAGCACUUUUAGAAAUUUACCUAAACUAAUUUUAAAAUAUGGAAUUAAGCAACAAGAUUAGUAUUUAACUUAAAAAUAUCCAUCUAAAUUUAUUGCUUUGUACAUAUGCAUAGAAAUUCAUUUCACAAAAUUAUUCUUAUAUUUAACUUUAGAGCUAAUCAUUUAGAAACUUUCUUUCACAUAACCAAUUUCUCUAAGCUUCCUUUCAUACCAUAUAUUUUAUAUCAAAUAGUUUUUUCUUUAUUUUUUUAAAAAGAUAAAUGUUUGCUUUUUAAUUUGGUCGGCUCUCUGUAUUUUAGAAAAAUAAAUUUUAUUUAGCCGUUUUCUUUUUGUAAAUUUUUUAUUUAAUGUGUCAAUGCUUGGUGGAUUCUAUAUCUUUAGAUUCUUAACUUAAAUAAAAGUAGUUAAACUAUUUGUCUUUUCUGGAUCAUAAUUUAAAGGAUUUUAAUCCAAGGUAGAAACUUUAAUCAACCAAAUAUUUAAUAAGUAUUCCAAUUAUGCCUUUUAAAAUUACCAAGUAAAAAUGCCUUACUGAUAGUGAUGUUAAAAGAGAUGGAACGACAAGGAAAAUAUCCGCCUAAAUGAAUUCAUAAAUCAAACCUUUUGCACAUAAGCAAUGUUGAUUUUACUUUUAUUUUUAUCAACUCACUUAAUUAAUUUUUUGUCAACUUGAGCCUCUUUAUUGGUACCGGUGCCACACACAACUGCUUUGUGGUAUAAAGGACCCAAAACCUUUAAGUUUAAGACCAAAAGAGCCUGUUGCAUCAGAAGAAAAUACCAACCACACACAUCUUGUAAAGUUUAAAAGAAAAACUAAAUACUGAUUCUUGAAAAUUGCUCAAGGGUACUUGAGAAAGUUAUGGCAUUGCACCAUCUUGAAACAUUGAGGGAUCUCAGCUCAAAGAAAAUGAAAUUUAAUCAAAUGGUCCUAUUUGAUUUUUGUUAAUCAUGAUUAAAAUCUUUUGUUAGUAUCUCUAGUUUUGGUAAUGUUUUCUUUGGGUACUAUUUUUCUCCAUCCUUUGUUAGGUAUUGUUCUUUCUAAGAGUCAAAUCUUAACAUAGAUUAAAUUGUCAAUUGGAUCUGUGAUUCUAGCAUUACCAAUACUAUACCGGUACCGGUCCUAUACUACCAGUACUAAUAAUAUGAGUAUUAUUGUACAUUGUAAAGUCUUCAAAAAAUUAUGUGGUUUAUUUAAGCAAGGUUAGUUUUAAUUUUAAAAUGAUUUUCAAAACAUAAUUGAUGGUAGAGUCACAAAGUCUAAAUCAUUCUAGCUCUCUACAAUCACAAAAAGUAGCAUAAUUGGCAUAUGAAGUUGAUGGUUGGGAGCAAUAAUUGUAAUAAAUCGUAUUUAAUCAAAGUAAAUGAUAAGUCAAUGCAAUUUUAAAUGAUGUAUGGUAUAUUGAUAUGAAAAAUUAUACAUAUAAACAUGCUAUUGAAUACUAUUGUGAUUUCACUAGUUUCAUUUAAUCACCAUAUUUAAACAUGUACAUCAUUAAGUACCGGUACGAGUACCAAAGGAUUAAAGUUAAAGGGCAAUAAAAUUAUUCACAUGAAUUUAUAUGAUCUUUUAAAAUAUUAUUUAUUUAAAUCUGCUCUAGAAACAAGAAAAGUUACUGUCCUAUCUCCCAAUUAAUCGUACACCAAGAGAUUCUGAAGACACAUUUGUUACAUCUCGAUGGGUGCCUUAUCUUACAGAUAUAAUAGAGGUAACAAUUUUCAUAUUUGAGUUUUAAAAAUUUUAACUCUCUCUAGAGAAUGAUCUGUGUCAGGAAGGUAGAGAUUUAAUCCAUUUAUGGUUCUUUUUUUUAAUUUACCGUAACAUAUAUUGCUAGACCAACAGACUGGUUUAUGGAUACAUACAUUGACAGAAUGGGUACCGCAAUUGCCAAUACCAUUUGUAUGUAAUCCAUUGUUUGGUUUGUUCCCUCUUGGCACCAUUAUUAUAAUGUACCGGUAUUAUAUUUAUUAUAAUGUAGAUAGAAACUGAGAAAGAAAACAUUUAUCUUUGGCGAAUGAGUUACCUUUUGUAAUGUCCCUAUCCACAGGCAAUAACCUCUGAUGAUAAAGCGAAGUCUGAAAAUUUCCCACCCAUGUUGACUAACUCAGAAACAGCAACUACCGAAGCAGUGAGGCCAGACAAACCAUCUCGACAGAUUAGGUAAGGCAUAUUGCAAUUAUAUUUUAUAUACCCGUACAUGGUUUUACAGCAUUGUUUUAUACAGUUGGAUCUGUGAUUCUAGUAUUACUAAUAGUAUGGUAAUAUUGUAAGCAUUAUUUUGUACUGUUGGAUCUGUGAUUCUAGCAUUACCAAUACUAUACCGGUACCGGUCCUAUACUACCGGUACUAAUAAUAUGAGUAUUAUUGUACAUUGUAAAGUCUUCAAAAAAUUAUGUGGUUUAUUUAAGCAAGGUUGCAACUUGUAACUUUUACUGCUCCCAUAAGACUCUAGGGGGGGAGUAGGACAAGUGUAAUGACCCAUUUAGUUGAGAAUAAUUAUGUACCUGUACCAUGCUAAACUAGUGGUAUAGAACAGUGUUUUUCAACAUGGGGCCACAGCAAUUGAUUGGGAGCCACAAAAACUUUAAAAUUUGAAUUAUUGAAAAUAGCAAAUAAAUUAAUAGUGUUACUAUAACAGGGGAGGCCAUUAUGUAUUAACAAUCAGGUUGUACAUGUUACCUUUUACCUAACCUAAUCAGUCCACCACCCUUUAAUUUUAAUUAUCAUGGGAUAGAAAAUGACAACCAUUAAGGAUUGAAAUCAUUGGCUGUGUUGCAUUGAUGAUGUAUCUAGCAUUAUUAUCAAAAUGCUGUUACUCAGAAGUUACUGGUACUGCCAUUAAAAUGUCUUGGGAAAAAAAAAUGACAUAAUUUGAAAAUUCACUUUCACCCUUACUUCUAAUUUAUUUUAUUUGAAUUUGAUCCAGUGCAAGACACAAAUCUGCGGAUAAAAAGAAGAAACGCUCGAGGCUGUUUGUUUUUAUUGUAGGUGGUGUGACCUACUCUGAGAUUAGAGGUGCUUACACAUUCACAGAGGCUUCCGAGGACUGGGAAGUUGUAAUAGGUUAGAUCUUUGUUGAGUCUGAGUGAUUCUAUUAAAAUAAUUUAAAUCUUAAUUGAAUUGAAAUGACUCCAUGAAAGUUUGAAAGUACUGGUAUUGAAAGUUUAUGAAAUGCAAAUGAGAAGUUGAAAAAUGAAUUAAUUACCGGUUUAGAAAUAGAAGUCUAUCUUAUUUUACUCCAUAUACCGUUACAUGGUGUAGAGUUGGCCAAAUUGAAAUUGUGUGUGAAAGGAGUGUACAUAGGUACUGCAGUAUGCAACUGCCAGAAUAAUGAGAAAUACUAUCACUAUCACUGAAGGUAUUGGGAAGGUUUUAUUAAAAGCUAACUGGAAAUUUUCUAUGAAAGAUUUGAUACUAUUACUACAUUACAUUUACCAGUACAAAUACUUUUAAAAAAAUACUAAGCCAUAAUACUAAUAAUAGUAAAUAAUCAUUCUUUAAGUUAAGUGAAAUGCAACCCACAAAAAUUCUAAGGUAACAAAACAAUUCUUAUACUUCUACUUCAAAUGGGACCUCUUCAUCAACUUUGAAGGCCCUUUUCACCCCCCCCCCCCCCCCCCCCCCGGCAUUAAAUUUCCAUCACUGGUCUCUGUAAACUUUUUGGAUAAUAUUAGUCAUCAGACACAAAGACAGCUUACAAACCUCUAUCUACUGUACCUGGUACUUAAAACCUACUGACAGCCACAGCUAAUACUAAUUGCCCAGUACUCAACACUUCUUUCCACCCCCACCCUUUUCUGAAUUACAAUAUUUCAUCUUCUUUGAAUUUUCUCUUCCCUAAGGACAGUCGUUGUCUUGUAUGCCAAAACGGAUGAAUUUGGGAAAACUAACUUAUUCAACCUUAUGUGACCUUGAAACCACAUUGCAUAGACCUCAUGUUCUCAUUCACUCCACUCCUUCCUAAAAAGAACAAUCGCAGGACUUACUUCUCCUAUGCCUUCCCAAUUUGCCCGUAUUAGUAUUAGAUUUCUCACCUACAAUAUGUUACUAAUUUCUAUCACAUUCCUCUUGCCUUCCUACAACUGCAGCCUGUUUUAUUAUUUAUAGAUGUAUUGUUUGUACUGUUGUAUGUUUGCUGAAGUAGGCUUCAUUAGGACAUGGUCUGUGUACCGGUACUUUUUUUUGUCGCCAGGUCUCCCCAUACUUUCGCUUAUAUAUAUAUUUCCUUCUGUUAUCAGGUUCUACACACAUCCUGACUCCAGAGGGUUUUCUUCAUGAUCUACGCUCACUAAGUGAGACUGAACCAACCCCACUUUCUGAUGCACUUGUUAAUCCACAAACACAAUUUACAGCUGUUGAUCUAGCAUGAGCAUUUCUAGUGUAACUUAGUGUAAGAUUAAGAUAUAAUUUCACUAUGGUAUUCAUAAUCUAUAAAUGAUUUUGAUUAAACUGUUAUUUAGUCUUCAGACAUCCAUCACUUUGCUUAAAUUUUUAUUACAGUUGAAAACAUGUAUUUAUAUUUAUUAUAAGAAAAUAAAUUGAAUAGCUAAAAUUAUGUCCCCUGGCAAACUACAACAAAGUACUCCUAUACUCUUCAUAAAAACAAACAUGUUAAAAUAAUGAAUACCGGUACUGGGUACUCCUCGAUAAUAUAACUAUUUGGAUUUAUAAAUUCCACCGGGUCCCUCAAUAAGUUUAACAUUAAUGGAGAAUUUCCACAAAAAAGUGUUCACAGACUGUCAGGUGGCACGAGUGAAUAACAUUUUUUACAUAAGUAUUACUAAACUUUGAAUUGUCUAUGUCUUUCAAACUUAUUUUCUACCAUACUUAGUAUUGCAUUUUGGUCAUAUUAAACAAUUAAUAUUUUUUACAUAAGUAUUACUAGACUUUGAAUUGUCUAUGUCUUUCAAACUUAUUUUCUACCAUACUUAGUAUUGCAUUUUGGUAAUAUUAAACAAUUACAAAUUUUCUUAAUCCAAAAAUUGCUUCAUUUUUAAGUAUGUGUAUGAGAGUGAAAUAAUUAUGUGUCGAAAGUUCAGCUUAUCAUGAGAAAAUGCAAGAAUUGACAUGCAGCCCAUGUGCUCUCAAACAGAUAUUUGUAUUUUCAUCAUAGAAAUGUAGAAAAAUUGAACCAGAAACAAAGUCGGUCAUAAAAUAACAUCUCUCAUAAGAACCAUUUACU